UGGCCCGUAGGCACGUUAGUCCAUGGUCAACGUCCGCUCUCAGGGUCGCUCUCAGACAGUUCGAUGGGCUUGCCUGACCCUCUCCAUUCUCUUCCUCUUCCUCGUCAGUGAAUGGCCAUGAGCUGGGCAGUGGGAGUCUUGCGAGCCAGCCAGAGGGUGGGAUCAGAUUUCUUGCGCCCAAGGAUGGCCGUGUGUCCCCAUCAGGCGGCACGUACCCCACUCCGAGGGGCCUGGCUCUUCACCCCAGUCUCCAAGAUGGCGACUGUGAAGAAUGAGCUUAUCAAGCAUUUCACCUCGGAGGAGCCCGUUCAUCACAACAAGAUCUCCAUUAUAGGAGCGGGAUCGGUCGGCAUGGCCUGUGCUGUGAGCAUAUUGUUAAAGGGCUUGAGUGAUGAACUCGCCUUGGUGGAUGUUGACGAAGGCAAACUGAAGGGUGAGACGAUGGAUCUUCAGCACGGCAGCCCUUUCAUGAAAAUGCCGAAUAUUGUUUGCAGCAAAGAUUACCUUGUCACUGCAAACUCCAACCUAGUCAUUAUCACAGCAGGUGCGCGCCAAGAAAAAGGAGAAACGCGCCUUAAUUUAGUCCAGCGAAAUGUGGCCAUCUUUAAGUUAAUGAUUUCUGGCAUUAUCCAGUAUAGCCCCCGCUGCAAACUGAUUGUUGUUUCCAACCCAGUGGAUAUCUUAACCUAUGUAGCCUGGAAGUUGAGUGCUUUCCCCAAAAACCGUGUUAUAGGAAGUGGCUGUAAUCUGGAUACUGCUCGUUUCCGGUUCUUGAUUGGGCAGAAGCUUGGUAUCCACGCUGAAAGCUGCCAUGGGUGGGUCCUUGGAGAGCAUGGAGAUUCAAGUGUUCCUGUAUGGAGUGGGGUUAACAUUGCUGGCAUCCCUCUGCAGGAUCUGAACUCGGACAUAGGAACUGAUAAAGAUCCUGAGCGCUGGAAUCAUCUCCACAAAGAAGUGAUCGCUAGUGCUUAUGAGAUUAUUAAAAUGAAAGGUUAUACUAACUGGGCCAUUGGCCUGUCUGUAGCUGAUUUAACAGAAAGCAUUCUGAAGGAUCUUAGGAGAACACAUCCGGUCUCCACCAUAAUCAAGGGCCUCUAUGGGAUAAAUGAGGAAGUAUUCCUCAGUGUUCCUUGUGUCCUGGGAGAGAAUGGUAUUACAGAUCUUAUAAAGAUAAAGCUGGCUCCUGAAGAGGAGGCUCGUCUGAAAAAGAGUGCAAAAACACUGUGGGAAAUUCAGAAGGAGCUCAAGCUUUAAAGUUGUUUAUAGGUACCAUUCCAAAGUUACUGAAGAGUGGAUGUGGGAUUGUAUAUAUGAACUUGAAUAAGCUGGAAUUUUUAAAAGUUGCCAACAGGAAGUGUUCUUGGUGCCGCUGACAUACAAGUAUUAAUACUCGCCUCAUACAUAUGUAUAUAUGCGGUUGCUAUUUGGUCUAAAAAGAAGUAGAUAGAGGUGUUUAUUGUGUUCUAGAAAUUCUGAUAUUUUUUCAUUAGAUACAUGCUAAGUUAUUCUGGCUGGCUUUAUGUUUGUUUGUUUAUAUACCAUGUUUUUGAAAGUUGUAACUUCCUCUACAACGUAAAAAUAAAAAUAUGUCCCUCAGAA